CUGAGGUUUAGUGAUGGUGAGCCACUCCAUUCACACACACUUUAUCAGUCUCUACUGCUGGACUUGAAGGAAAGAGAUGAAGGAUCCGCAACUACCAGGACUCAAAUCCAGACUAGCAUGGCCAAAACGCAAGGACAAGGAGGAUAAGAAAGCCAAGCCAAGUGAGACGAGUGAAACGCUGUUGGACAAAACACCCAAAGUCCUUCCAGCCCGUCCUAUUAUACCAGAACUGACCCCAGAACAGAGGAUGAGGCAGACACCGUUUGAGAGGGUGCUUUAUGACAUGAACCACGACCAGAGGGUAGUCAACGACCUCAUACUGGGCCGGAGGAUCUCCUUCUACGAGCUCAGGGGGGAAAUAGGGUGUGGGAACUUCUCCCACGUUAGAUUGGGUAUCCAUGCUCUGACUAAAGAGAGGGUCGCAAUCAAGAUUUUGGAUAAGCUUCGGCUGGACAAGAAGUCUCAGUCCCUGUUUGCCACAGAGAUCAGCUGUAUGGAGAAGCUGUCCCACCCUAACAUUGUUCGUCUCUAUGAGGUGAUCGAGACCACCAAGCGCCUGUACCUGGUGAUGGAGUACGGCAGUGGGGGAGACCUCUACUCACGUAUCACCAACAAGGGGCGUCUGUCUGACCUGGAGACCAAGCUCACCUUUGCCCAGAUCAUCUCUGCCAUCAAACACAUGCACGACAACAACAUUGUCCACCGAGACCUGAAAGCAGAGAACGUUUUCUACACCACCAGCUACUGCAUCAAGGUGGGAGACCUUGGCUUCAGUAUCGUGAGUGCUCCAACUGAAGUCCUCACCACGUUCUGUGGCUCCCCACCCUAUGCCGCUCCAGAGCUCUUCAAAGACAAAGGCUACGUGGGUCGUUAUGUGGACAUCUGGGCCUUGGGCAUCCUGCUCUACUUCAUGGUCACCGCCACCAUGCCUUUCCACGCCGACAACCUCGGUCGUCUGAAGCGCUGUAUCAUGCAGGGAGCCUACGCCUUCCCGGACUAUGUACCCAACCCCUGCCAACUAGCCAUAAAGGGCAUGCUGAGGCCCGUGCCCGCCGACCGUGACUCCAUCUCCCUGAUAAUGACCAGCACGUGGCUGAAGAGCAUCGAGUACCCUCGGGCGUACGGCCCACUGCCCCAGACGCCCUUUCACCUGGCUGAGACCUCCCAGGCCCUGUGUGUGGAGGAGCAGGAGGUGAAGUUGGCCCUGUCUGAUCUGGGCAUCAAGGGAGUCCACCUGCAGAACAACACCUGUACAGACAAUCGCAGCCCCCUGACGGGGACCUACCGUAUCCUUCUCCACCGCGUCCAGAAGAGGAGGUCUGUGGAGGCGGUGGGAUACGCAGCCCUCUACCCUGAGGACUUUGGCAGUAAGAAGGGCGGGACACCCACUGCUGUUAUGGACAAGCACAACCCUACCAGUGUCUGUGUUAUCCUAUAGACCAGGGAUUUUGCAACAAUUUUUGAACCAGGGACUGGCAAAUUAUGGAUAUUUUCUUUGGAUUAAAACAAACUAUUUAGGUGGGCCGCUUAUAUUGAAAUUGAACACUUGAGAAGUGAAGUUCUCCCACAACUAUGAACUAUCUGAGGGACCAGUCAGCAACAUCUCAGGGACCAGUGCUGCUCCAUGGACCUCCAUGGAGGUUGAGAGGUUGAGAAAUAAUGCUACAGAGUCUGGCCUCCUGUAUAGCCCAGGCUCCACCAGAAGAGAUUCACAAGACACACACACGCACGCACACACACACACACACGCACAGACACACGCACACACCACAAACACACAUACACACACUACUCUCACGGAUCUGCUGUUGCUUAUUCAUCACAGUACAGAUGAUAGAUAGAUAAAUAGCACCAUCUUGUGCUCACAUUAAUCAUUCCAUUUCAGUACUCAUAAGAAAUCUGUGACAGAAAGAUACAAUGGUGAAAAGGUUAAGAUUUCAGUGUUGUACUGUAUAGUACAUUAAUUAUAUUGCAGCUUUAUGUACUAACAAGGCUACAGUAAAUGACUUCAGCUUGUUGUGACGUUACAUCACUCAAUAGGCAUAUGUUUUGUACAAUUGGCUUACAGUGAGAGGCAGACUGACGCAAAGGAUUAAUAACACUAUCAUCAUCUUCCAAGCCUACUUAGUCCUGUGCUUCAUCAAAAUAUAACCGGGGUCGUGCUCGUGCAAGGGCAUGGCUAAUCUGUCUUAGUUGUGAUACAGGAAAAGUGCUUUGUUCAGAUAUUAAUUGUAAGGGAGUCAGGCACCAAGCGCUGGCCAAUACCCUGAUAUUUUAAUUACAAUACUUAGGUUUAUCCUCAAACACUUGUAUGCCUUCAACAUUAAUGUAACUAUAAUGAAUCUAAUCUUCAAGUAAAUAUAUUUGUAAAUAUGAUGCGCUGUUCACAAGUACAUUGUAAAAUCUGUUAAACAUAGAUAUUUUGUAGAUAGUAGAGCAUAUGCACAGAUUUUAUUUUGGAUAUUCAAUGGCUUGGAAGUCCAAUGUUUUGUCUGAAGAUGAAUGUCUAAAUUUUGAUAUAAUGUAAUUAAAUUGCAGUAACACAUUUCUUAUGAAGAUAAUUCUGUACAACCAUUUUAUAAAUGCUUUACUGAUAUACUUUAUAUAAUAUGUGGAUGAAGUAUAUCAGUAAAGUAUUUAUAAAAUGUUAAAGCAUUUAUAAAAUGUUAUAUUAUUUGCAAAUAAAUAAAUAUUAUUUGCAAUUGGAUGUGCCCAUUAAUGCUCAAGAGAAACAUAUCCUUUGAAUUUGAGCAUGACGUGAGUAAAAAUAAUGUUUGCAUUGUG